AAAUAACAAGGAGGCGUAUUGAUUGUAGUGUCAGUUUAGGAUUUGAGUUAUUUCUGCUUUUGGAGAUUGAAUAGGCAGAGCGAGUAGCAGCCGGCCAUGGCGACGACGUCGGUUGAUUCUUCGAACACUGAGAUGGAUCCCAACACUGAGCUCGAUACUAAUCCUAACCCUAAUUCUUCAAACUCCUUAGUCCCUGCCUCCCCCAGUGGCCCUGCUGUCUGCCUUCUCAGGUUCGCCGGAGACUCCGCUGGCGGCGCGUUCAUGGGCUCCAUUUUUGGAUACGGUGCGGGGUUGUUCAAGAAAAAAGGUUUUAAAGGAUCCUUUGCAGAUGCAGGAUCUUCUGCAAAGACAUUUGCAGUUUUGUCCGGAGUGCACAGUUUGGUUGUCUGCAUGUUGAAGAGGCUGCGAGGAAAGGAUGAUGUCAUUAAUGCUGGAGUAGCUGGAUGUUGCACUGGUCUUGCUCUUAGUUUUCCAGGUGCACCCCAGGCUCUUCUACAAAGCUGUCUCACUUUUGGGGCAUUCUCAUUUGUUAUUGAAGGCCUAAACAAGCAGCAGCCGGCUUUAGCACAACCAUUUUCUGUGAGGAAGAAAAGUGAGCAAGUUCGUCCCUUGGUGCUCCCCCUACAAUUUUCACUCCCGGGAGAACUAAAAGCGGGCUUCACCUUCUUUUGCAAUUCCUUGAAGAAUCGCGAGAAGGGCCCUUCUCACCCAGCCUAAGAAAUUUUGUCUCAUCAAUGCUAUUUAUGCUUUUUGGUCUUGAAUUCAAGUGAACCUCUUUCAGUACUUUUUCCUCCGUAUAACCGUAUAUUAUGUGCUAAUGUAAAUCUUUUUAGUUGAAAUUCUAGUUGCAAGUUAUGAAUUGGGUUCUUGAUCGCGAAA